UUCCUCCCUGCCUUGGGAGGGUGCCAGCGGGUGGGAUGGAUGGGAUGGCUCUGGUUUCUGCCAAGUCACGGUGGGGCGAGGAGACCUUUGGAGCCAGCACAUCACGUGGGCGCCGGGCAGCCCUUAAGGUGCGCUGCUGGGCACACAGGGAAGGCAGGUGCGUGCCCGCAGCCAUGACCGUCCCCAUCGCCAAGUCCUUCUACGACCUCAGCGCCACCUCCUUGCAGGGGGAAAAGGUGGACUUCAAUGUUUUCCGGGGCCGCGUGGUCCUCAUUGAGAACGUGGCGUCCCUCUGAGGCACCACAGUGAGGGAUUAUACCCAGCUCAACCAGCUGCAAGCCCGCUACCCCCGGCGGCUGGUCGUGCUGGGCUUCCCCUGCAACCAAUUUGGCUACCAGGAAAAUGGCACCAACGAGGAGAUCCUCAACAGCCUGAAGCAUGUGCGGCCGGGGGGUGGCUUCGAGCCCAACUUCACCCUCUUCCAGAAGUGCCAGGUGAACGGGCAGGACACCCACCCUGUCUUUGCCUACCUGAAGGCUCACCUGCCUGAGCCGGCUGACGAGGCGGCACAUCUGAUGGCCGAGCCCCGCUUCCUCACCUGGAGCCCCGUGCGGCGCUCCGACAUCUCCUGGAACUUCGAGAAGUUCCUGGUGGGUCCCGAAGGGGAACCUUUCCGGCGCUACAGCCCCCGCAUGCCCACCGCCCAGCUGGAGCCUGACAUCCAGCGCCUCCUCAAGCUGGCAAAGUAGAGUCGGCUCCAGUGUCCCCCACUCGCUGGCUGCCACCCCCCCAGAACAGCCCCAGCUCUCCGCCAGGUGACGGCCCCCUCCGAAACUGCCACGGGGAGGGGGCUCGAUGGGGGCAGAGGGCUGGGGCGACUGGGGUAGUGUGGGCUGGCAGCAAUAAAUGAGCCGG